AUGAAAUUUCGAUUCAAAGAAGAAACUCCAGCUGAUCAACGUAAACAGGAAGCUGAAAAAAUUCGGGUUAAAUAUCCUGAACGUAUUCCUGUUGUUGUUGAACGUGUACCAAAAUCACAAAUACCUGAUAUUGAUAAACGUAAAUUUUUGGUACCAAAUGAUAUAACUAUAGCACAGUUUAUGUGGAUUAUUCGUAAACGAAUUCAAUUAGCACCCGAAAAGGCAAUCUUUUUAUUUGUUAAUAAAACAAUACCCCAGUCGAGUUCUACAAUGGGCCAAAUUUAUGCUGAACAUAAGGAUGAAGAUAGCUUCCUCUAUAUUGCUUAUGGAGGUGAAAAUACAUUUGGUUAA